AUGAUCCUCGGCCACAUCGCAGCCAUUUUGCAUUCGGACCCGCAACUCAUGAGCCUUCCGUCCACCCCCGUCGUCGGUUGCCUUGGCGGUGGCCAGCUUGGCCGCAUGAUGGGCUACGCAGCCCAUCGCCUGGGCGUGCGGCUUGUGUGCCUCGAUCCGCAGGGCGAGGAGUCCCCGGCGGGUCAGGUCACGUCGGCCGUUGCCGGCUCCUUCACGGACGCGGCGGCGAUCGAGCGCCUCGCCGCUGAUGUCGACGUGCUCACGGUCGAGAUCGAGCAUGUAAAUGCGGCGACGCUACGCGCGCUGCAAACGUCGCACCCGAAACUGCAGAUCCACCCGAGCCCGGACACAAUUGCUCUCAUCCAGGACAAGUUCGCGCAGAAGCAGUUCUGUCGAGACGUCGACGUGCCUCUUGGUCCCUUCACAGUCAUUGACUCCGUCGCGGACGCCGUUGCUGCCGGCGCGCGGUUCGGCUACCCCUUUAUGCUCAAGUCACGCCACUGGUCGUACGACGGCAAAGGCAACGCUGUCGUGGCAAACGAGGCCGGCAUCGCCGCGGCCAUCGCGACGCUCGCGCCAACGUUCGCCCCGGGUAAGCUCUACGCAGAGAAGUGGGUCCCGUUCGCGAAGGAACUGGCAGUCAUGGUCGUACGUCAAGGCUCGGACGUGCGGGCGUACCCUGUUGUCGAAACGACCCAGCAGGACAACAUCUGUCAUACGGUUCUCGCCCCGGCCGCGUUGCCAACGGCGGCGCUUCACGACGCCGCGACGGCCAUGGCUACCAAGGUGGUCGCCGCGCUCUCGGGCAACGGCAUCUUUGGCGUCGAAAUGUUCCUCACCACUGACAACACGCUCUUGCUCAACGAAAUUGCCCCGCGCCCGCACAACUCGGGCCACUACACCAUCGAAGCGUGCGAAACGGACCAGUUUGAGAACCACAUUCGCGCCGUCGCUGGGAUUCCCCUCGGCAGCUGCGCGCUCAAGGUCGGCGCCAGCUGGAUGCUUAAUGUGCUCGGCACCGAGGACCCCAAGGUCACCACGGACCUCCUCGCGCACGCGGCGACUGUUCCGGGUGCAAGUGUGCACUGGUACGGCAAGGCGGCCAUCCGGCCUGGUCGCAAGGUGGGCCACAUCACAGUCGUGGCACCGACGUUGGCGGCGCUGCUGGAUCGCGCGGAGACUCUAUGCCCCGCCGCCAAGCCCGCUGUGGCCAAGCCCCCGGUCGUCGGUAUCAUCAUGGGCUCUGACUCGGACCUGCCCACGAUGGCCGCCGCCGCCAAGGUGCUCGAUCAGUUUGACGUGCCGUACGAGUUAAGCAUCGUCUCGGCCCACCGCACGCCGGAGCGAAUGUACCGCUACGCACAGGCAGCUCGGGGGCGUGGCAUCCAGGUGCUUAUCGCGGGCGCUGGAGGUGCUGCCCACUUGCCCGGCAUGGUCGCCGCUCUGACGCCGCUUCCCGUCAUCGGCGUGCCGAUCCAGACCAAGGCACUCAGUGGUAUGGACUCGCUGCUGUCGAUCGUGCAGAUGCCCCGGGGUAUCCCGGUCGCCACGGUGGCCAUCGGCAAUGCCAUGAACGCUGGCUUGUUGGCCGUGCGUAUGGUGGGCGGUGAGGCCAACUUGACCAAAAUGCAGGCGUUCCUUGAGGCGCAAGAAGCUGAGGUGAACGGCAAGAUCGACAAGAUGGCCACGGACGGCUGGAGUGCCUACCUUGCCAGCAUGAACUUGUAG